ACAUGAAGUGAAAGGAUACACCAUCAAUUAGAUUUGUUGCACCAAAAAAUGUCAAAGCGCAUAUCUUUCUUGAAAGUGACACUGAAAAAAAUUGUGACUGAAACAUUCUUUUUUCUUACUAACAUGUUUUUACAUUGGGAUCAACUCAAGGAAAUCUUGGAAUUUAGCAAGCAACACAACGACAAACAUGCUCAGCUAAACAAUGUCGUCCAGAAUAUUGGCUUUUUGGAGAGUUUUUUCACUCAACUUUUGGAGGAAUUGAAAUUAUGCAGCACUUCCGAUGAAACUAUGGACAAAUACCCUAAUGCUGGCCCUUUAUUAACAUUAGCCUCCACACAUCCGUACAUUGGUUUUUCGCCUGUCAUUGCAACAUUACUUAUAAACUGUCUGUUAGAAUACAGCAAAAUAGACUUCGAAUCAGACGCAUCGUUAGACACUACUGCGCCAAAAGACAAACCAACAGUAUGGUGUAUCAUUCGAUUGAGGCGGUUUAUAAGCAUGUCCUAUAUAAAUGACACCAAGAAAACCACCCGAACAAUUGUACAACAAAUGACAAGCCUACUUGACAAAAACAGGAAGCAGCUGAACGCACAAAAAAUAACGAAAUUGGCAAAUACUUGUAUGAAUCUGAUACACGAACGCGAAGUUUUUGUACUAAUUGAGAAACUUGUGGAUUGUGCCUUGAAUGAUUCAGAACCUUCAUUGUACAUUGAUCUACCCAAUCCAUUGUUAUCCGACGAAUUCAUCUACAGAUUGCUACAAGAAGAUAUGUCCUUAACAACCAUGAGAACACAAUACCUGAAAUGGCCAAUAGAACUAAAAAUCAAACUGCUCCAUAACUACCCUGAUAUGUUUGAAAUCGAAAUUCUAAAUUUGAUUGAAAAUUACACAGCAUCAAUGGAUUAUAUUAGCCUAGAUAAUCUUAUAGGCCAAUAUAUGAAAAAUGACUUUGUGCAGCUGCUACAGAAAUCAUCAUAUCUCGCUUGUCGAUUUAUUAGUACAUUAUCCCAUUAUACAAUUCAAUUUCAAAGUUGGAAACUGGUAAAGCUGGUACAAUGCAUGAAUUACUGCUUGAGAACACAAAUAUUCGAAUUAUGCCGACGGGAAAUCAAUAACGCGACGUUUCAACAUGUGGAAGCACAUGCUAUUCACAAUGCAAUUUCGAACUAUAUAUUCGGUAGUGGGUCUAGUAUACAUAUUUCAAAUCGACGAAACGAAGCAUGGUGUAUAUCGCUGUCAUUCACAAGGUUCACAUGGUAUUGUGUUUACAGACUUGUUCAAUGGAAUACAAAUGAUGAUAAUCUAUGGUCUUCUGAGAUGGAAGAUAUAUUGAUUUAUGUGAAUUGGAUUAUAUGUCCAUCUAUGGAUAAUCGAGAGUCUGAAUCUUUGUCUCGUUUGAGAAAUUGGAUUCAAUCAAGUCAAAGGUUAUAUGAUGACUUACCUAAAAGGUGCCAAAAUUUACUUAAUUGUAAUGGUAUAAUAAUUGCUUGUUUUAUAACAUCGAUCUUUUUCUCAGCCGACCAUUUACAUGUGGAUCACCAAAUAUCAUUGAUUCAAGGUAUUUUCGCUAAACCGGAAUCUACUAAAAAUGCUUCACUGCUUUUAGACUAUAUCAAUGACAUGGAAUUGAAUGCACAACACUAUCCAUCUAUAACAUUCAAUAUUAAAAGAAUUAGAACUUUUGUACAAGAGGACUGCCAAAUAAAAUAAAGUUGAACAAAGUAUCUGCGCCAACAUUUAAGCUUUUUUCUUUGACCCGGGACAAAACUAUGUAAUGGCUUUUCUUAUGUAACAGUAAAAAGGAUCUUAGUUGUACGACUAAGACGUGUAUCACCUAAUAUCUAUAGUGUA